AUCUCUAGAACUACGACAGACGGCGUCUGAAUCAUAAGCAUCCUAACAGACAGAAUGUGAGAUUUUUAAAAUUCUUUGAAUCAUGUUUGGAAGUGUUGUACGGUCUAACAAUAGAGCAAGGUCUUCAGUUCACACCAAUGUGAACAGCGCUGGUGAUCACGUGAGAGGGUGAGAGAGUUAACUCUGGUGAUGGGGCGCACCUGUUCAGCCGCACACUCCAAAGAAGAGCCUCUCCUCCACCGAGAGCUGGGAAAUAACAACUAACAGACAUGUCUGACACUGAAGAGGUUAUGGAUGAGGGGGUUCAGUUUAUGACAAAUAUUCAGGCACCAAAAAUUCCUGAGGGAGAAAAAGUAGAUUUCGAUGACAUCCAUCGUAAACGUCAGGAGAAAGACCUGGCUGAGCUGCAGGCUCUGAUUGAGGCUCAUUUCAUCCAGAGGAAUAAAGAGGAAGAGGAACUUGUUGCUCUGGUUAACAGGAUUGAAAAACGUCGUACAGAGAGAGCCGAACAGCAAAGGAUUCGAGCUGAGGGAGAGAAGGAACGUCAGGCCAGACUCGCCGAGGAGAAGGAAAGAAAAGAGCUGGAGGAUCAAAGAAAGAAACUGGAUGAGGAUGCCAAGAAGAAGAAAGCUCUUACUAACAUGUCUCAGCAAUAUGGAGGCCUGGCACAGAGGACUGAUAAUCGUAAAGGAGCCAAGAAGCAGACUGAAAGGGAGAAAAAGAAGAAGGCUUUGGCAGAGCGACGCAAGACUCUCAAUAUCGACCAUCUUAACGAAGAGAAGCUUAAGGAUAAAGCCAACGAGCUGUGGCAGUUGCUCAUGGAGCUGGAGGCCGAGAAGUUUGAUCUGGCCGAGAGGUUCAAACGUCAGAAGUAUGAUAUCACUCAACUGCUUGUUCGCAUCCAGGAUAGUCAGAGUAUGAAGGGACGAGCCAAGGGCAGCAGAAGGAGGUAGAAGUGCUGACAACUAUAGCUGUCAGAAAGUCAGAGUUGGGAACGUUGUGUGCACCUGCACUAAACAGCAUUAAGAAUUCGUUAGUUACUAAACUGAAACACCUGAAUGUACACAAACAUACAAAAAGUGUCUUGUUGGACAUUUGUGCUUGCAUUUCACUGUGGAAAUAAAGUGUUAACUAAGUGCUAAAUAAA